AACACAAUCAAUCAUCUGAAAUGCCAGAUGCAGAAACUUCUGAUGGAUCAGUAGGCCAAUUUCAGCAUAAUGGGCCUUCUACUUCUCAAAGUUUUUGGUUCACAGCCAGGUCCCCCAUCUCAAAGGUUUACCAUUCCAGACUAUUCAGUUUUAUCUCAAAGUUCACCACAAGGAGUUAAUUCUAUAAAUUCAGUUCACACCUCCUGAGGUAGGAAGGAAGGGUAAUGCCUUGUUGGGUCCAACGGCUUCUGUUCAGUCCUCAACUCAUGGAGCAUUCCAGGGAGAUAUCAGGAAUAAUAUUCCAAGUGUCUCUGGUCAUUCCAACAAUAAAGUCCCACAACAUAAUAUCUCGGGCAAUGUUUCUGCGUUUUACCUCUGAUUAUCCUUAUUUAGAAAGUCAUCUUCAGCUCCAACAUGUUACUGAUGUGGGUAAUCAGAUAAUAUCGAAUAAACAUGUUAAUGCACAUUUUAGUGGGUUGGCAUCUCAGUCAAGGCGGAUUGAUGACUCUUUUGAGAACCUUGCUUCAGAGAAUUCCAGGCAAAGAUGUAGCAGCCAAAACCAUGCAAGGGAUCCAGACCUGCAGUUUCCGGUGUUGGAGGCUAUGUCAGCUUCCCAAACUUCUUCUAUGGCUGAAUCUUCACAGCAAGGUGCUUUUACCAAUAUGCCUAACGCAUGGACCACUGUGUCAGCUGCACAUCUAUUAGGAGCUCAGUCUUCUCGGCCUCACAGAAUUUGUUGAAGUGCCAUGAACAGUCCAAUAGUAACUCGGAAACAGCUCUUCCUGGAGCAAAGAAGCUAGAUGAUCAAAUUGCUUGGACAGGAGGGAUUGGACCAACUGAAUACCCUGCAGGGUCUGCUAACCACAGAACUCUGUUGGAGAGAACAACCAGCCAAGUCGGCUGUUAUUGCCAGAUAUUGAUGCCAACCAAAAUC